AUGGACGAGGGCGACGAGGACUACGUGGUCUACGGCACCCCGAUCGAACGCGAGGAGGAGACCUCGGCGCGCAAGCGGAGGGCCAUCGCCGACGCGGGGCAGCUUCGCGCCCUCCCCCCGUGGAAGCAAGAGGUGAGAGAUGAGGAAGGGCGAAGAAGAUUCCAUGGUGCAUUCACUGGAGGGUUUUCUGCUGGAUACUAUAACACUGCUGGUUCAAAAGAGGGCUGGACCCCACAAACAUUUACAUCAUCGCGGAAAAAUAGGGCUGACGUCAAACAACAAAGUAUAUAUAAUUUUCUCGAUGAGGAUGAUAUAAAGGACAUGGGAGGGCGUGCAUUAGAAACAUCUAUGCAGUUUGAUACUUUUGGAUUCACUGCUGCUGAGCUUGCACGUAAAGAAGCAGAGAAGGAACAAGAAAAGAGACCUUCGGCAAUUCCUGGGCCUGUUCCUGAUGAGAUAGUACGUCCUGCUGCAAAUUCUAUUGGUAUAAAAUUGUUGAUGAAAAUGGGGUGGCGUCAGGGUCGUUCCAUCAAGGACACUCAUGCCGACUCCUUAUAUGAAUCGCGCAGAGAAGCUAGAAAAGCAUUUCUGGCCUUUUCUCGUGACAAGGAUGGACCAGAACUUGCUGAAAUUGAAUCAAGUAGGUCUGAAUCCGAGAAAUAUCCUGAAAGAUCUGAUGACAUCUUUGGUGGUACUAAGAGCACUCCUGUGUAUGUACUUAACCCAAAGCAGGACUUACAUGGUUUAGGUUAUGAUCCUUUCAAGCAUGCUCCUGAAUUCAGAGAUAGAAAAAGAUCUCGAGAAUCCAGAGACAAGGACCGUGGUAAUAACAAAACAGGAAAAUAUGCACCAGGCUUCGGAAUUGGAGCUCUUGAGGAACUCGAUAUUGAAGAUGAAGAUAUUUAUGCAUCUGGUUUUGAUUUUGAACAAAUGGAAGUGGAAGAAGUUGAGCCUACAAAAAUGAUUGGUGAUAGCUGGCAUAAACUGGUAGACAGAAAGCGGGGUAGUAUGCUUAGUUUCAAAGUGGCAUCUAAUUCGGACUAUGUCCUUGAAAGAUUUCGCCCCCCUGUUAUUCCAGCUGAUUUUGAAUCACGGCACAAGUUUCCUACCACCCUUGAGAGUACAAAUAAAUUUCCUGAAUUACCCCCUCCAGAGGUUCCUCCCCCAGAAGACAACAACUUGAGAUUGUUAAUUGAGGGGUCCGCUGCUAUGGUAGCUCGAUGUGGGAAAUCAAUUGAAGACCUAUACAAGGAAAAGAGUAAAACAAAUCAACUAUUUCUUUUUCUUAGUGGAGGAGAAGGACAUAACUACUAUGAAAGAAAGUUAUGGGAGCAGAAGCAAAAGCGCGGUGACCUUGGAAGACAGAAUAAUACAAAGUCUAUGAAGUCCUCCGAUGAAAAGAUGAAUGCGGAGAAUCGUGGAAAAGUUCUCGGUGAAAGACCACUUGAUAGAAGUUCCAAAGCAUCUAGCUUAUCAGUUGAUGUAAAGGAAGUCAUUCAUCUUCAAUCCAAUCUUGGAGAUACUUUUAUCAAACCGGUUGGAUUAUCAGAAUCCUUGAAGCCUUUUAAGUAUGAUCCAGCAAAGCAAGAAAGAUUUGAACAAUUUCUUAGGGAGAAGUACCAUGGUGGUCUUCGUGCUGCCCAGCCUUUCAUCACUAACAUCAUGUCAGAGACUGAUCGUGCUCGUGAGAGACUUGACUUUGAGGCUGCAGCUGAGGCAAUCGAGAAGGGUACAUGGAGCAAGGAAAAGGAAACUGAUCCUUUAUCAAUUCUGAAAGAUUUACCAUUUAUUAAUGAUCAGCGGUUUGUAUCAUCUACUGAAGUAGAGAAACAUGGAGUGUCUAAGGAUGAGCAGAAGGUAAUCCACCCAAAGAGGGAAGAGUUUGAGUGGCGACCUUCGCCCAUUUUAUGCAAGCGGUUUGAUCUGAUUGAUCCUUUUAUGGGGAAGCUGCCACCUGUUCAAAGGCCGAGAAGCCGGAUGGACUCCCUCAUCUUUAUGACAGAAACCAUCAAGAGUUCAAAGAGUGAAGAGGCCAUAGCUUCAACGAGAGAUUCAAUACUAUUAUCUCACUCGGAAUCAAAGGAGACUGAGAAACAAUUAAUUACACAGGAGACCGAUGCUGAGCCAAUCGCUGCUGAUGUACAAAGGCCGGUUGAUCUGUAUAAGGCCAUUUUCUCUGAUGACUCAGAUGACGAUGAUGCAGAUGAAGGAAAUUCUGGGCACUCAACUGAUCCCGUGAAGACAAAUGAAGGUGCUAAUAUGACUCUAAACCGCUUGGUAGCAGGAGAUUUCCUUGAAUCUCUGGGUAAAGAGCUGGGGUUAGAGGUUCCAACUGAUAAACCUGGCCCACCAGAUAAGCCUCCCAAUUCGAUUCUAGUAGAAGCUGCUUCAAAAGGCGACAUUAAUUCCUCAUCAGUACAUGAAAAACUUACUUCCCAACAUGAAGAAUUUGAUAGACCUAUGGAGGAAAAGCAUAAAGAUAAUAUAUCAAAGUCUGCUGAUAAUGUUGUAACUAAUCUUUCAAUUAAUCAGAAUGAGGAAAGUAAACCUCACUCAAGGCAUCAAAGAAGCAGGAGUAGAACUCCUGAUUCUGAUUCUAGCGAUGAUUAUCGGGACAAGAAAAGAAAAACUCACUCAAGACGUCGAAGAAGCAGAAGUCCAAGUACCGACUCUUCUAGCGAUAGGCAUCGAUCUAAAAGAAAUAGAAGUAAAGCAACGCAUCGUAAGAGAGGCACAACAGAUACUGAUUCUAGUAGUGAUCAUCUAUAUCGUGAUCGAUCAAAAUCAGAAGGGAAAAGUAGAAAACGUUCACGACACCAUAAACACAGAAGAAAAGAUGGUCAUAAAAACCGUUGAAGCAGACUUUGAAUGAGUAACUUCCUUCAAGAUUUCUUAAAAGCCAUAAUGUCCAUUUCUUGGUAGCCUCGCACCGAUUGGCAUAGCUGCAACCUCUUCAGAUAGUUAUGAUAAGUUAGUUGCGGGCAAUGAAAAUCUGCUGCCAAUGGAAAUCUAUGCAUCAUGGCCGAAGUUGAUGCCCCAUAAAUGGAAUAUCUUCCAAAAGAGUCGGAACACUGUAGUUACAGUGGUGUAAAUAUGCUCAGGAUUUUGCUUGUAAUAAAUGUACGGGGGUUUUCAUACUCCAAAUAUAACUUGAAAUCGUUGAAUAUUGAGCUUCAUGUCGAGAUUCUAGACGUAUUAUUUUCAAAAGCCUUGUACAUUUUCAUGUAUUAUUUGUGACAGACUUUUCCUUUUCUUAACGAGGAAGAGAAUAGGCAGAGUCUGAUGGUUGCGCGGUAUUCCUAUGCUGAUUUGGUAUUUCGACAUUUCAUUCA